AUGUUCGUAUUUUUCAAUAUACUUGGAUAUGUUUAUUACAAAGACGAUGUAUCAAAAGCCUUAAUAAACCCUGCUGGUUUAUUUGCUGAACAAUUGAUAGAUAUUGAUGUGAUAGGAGAUGGUGGGGCUGAUAUACAUGUAUCAAUUGAUACACACAAGAGCAUUGAUCAUGAUAAAAUGCUUUCAAAUUAUGAUAUGGAAAUCAAUAGAAAAUAUUGCGGAAAAUCAGAUUGUAAAUUUUUAUUUGCUUACUAUCAACCAGAACAAGAAACAAAAGCAAAUAUGCAUUAUAGAUCAUUCGUUAAUCUUGCAGGAGCAUUGGAUCGCGUGAUGGUUUUAACAAAUGUUGGUAACAGUAGAAUCAAUUCCUGUCAAAAUUUCACUUUUAAUCUUUACUAUGAUGUAGAUGAAGUGCAAAAUAUGUUUCCUGAUGUCAAAUUUAUCACUCAACAAGAUUUUCAAAAUUGGUUGAGCGAACGUCAAAAGAAACCAAACACUGAACACGCUUACAUAUUACCUGGUAACACUAAUCACACCAUGGAAUAUGUAACUCCUUAUCCUGAAAUACUUAAAACAAAACAUUGUUUAAAUAGAUUUGAUUUCGCUUUAGAUGAUAAUACCGUUUUCAAACAAUUUAAUACCGGUCCAAAAUUCACCAAAGACAUAAUUGUUCAUCAGAAUUUCGCAAACUUUUUGACUGAAAAUUUAGUUAGUGACGUUGAUGUAUUAUUGACAGCACAUUUUGUAUUCCAUCCAUUAUUCCCAAAUGUCACUCCCCCAAUGCCUUACGCAAAAUAUUUCUUUGACGAAGCUGAAAGAAUAUCUCGAAAACUUCAACCUUAUAUAGCUGUGCAUUGGCGUAUGGAAAGAGCUAGUCUUAAGAAGUUGGAUGAAUGUUCUGUAAAACUUGUCGAAAAAAUCAACGAGAUUAAAUUGAAGCACGGAAUAGAAAAUGUUUAUUUAGCUACUGAUUAUCCUAUUUCUGGCGGUGAAAAAACACAAUCCUCGACCUUCCAUUUAUUGACUGAUUUUCAUCAUGACGCAAUGAAAUAUCUCAAUUCAUCGGUGAAUCUUAACAAUUGGGCUACCGUGAAUGUUCUGGGUGAUUUACGUCAAGAUAUGGCUUUUGAAUCUGAAUUUGUUGGUGCUGGUAUGUCAGGAAUUGUGGAUAAAUUGAUUUGCAUAAAUUCUAAUUAUUUCUUGGCCACGCCGGAAGGUUGUGGUAGAGAACGAAGCACCUUUACCACAAUGAUUACAGAUGAAAGGAAUUCCAUUAUGAUUUCAAAUAAUAAUAAAGGUGGUCUUAAUUCUAGUUUAGAUGAGGUUACCAAUGACACCAACACUGAUUCCAAUAUUACUAUUAAUGGUUCAGCUAUGAUAAACAUUGUAGAAAGAUGGUUAUAA